UUUGUGCUUGUUCACAAAAAUAUUUAUUUUAAAUAAAUGUUCCAUCCAUUUUGCAUUUCAACUUUAUUUUAAAUAACUAAAUUUGGCUUUGAUGUUAAGCCUGAGGCGUUAGCUCUGUUCAGUUAACUGCUCCUGUUUUAACCUCUGGUGUCUGGGAGGAGCCUCAGGUGUUAAUAUAAGAAAACAGAUCUUUGAAUCAGGAAUAGACGCAUGCAAGGACUCGGACAAGCCUCAUCAGUGUACUGGUUCAGGAUGACAGCAGCCCUCCUCAGUUUCCUCCUUGUGGCUCCAGUGUUGCUGGUCACCGGCGGCCCAGUUUAUGACUCCACUAACAAGAUUGUACCACUGGUUCUGUGGCAUGGAAUGGGUGACAGCUGCUGUAACCCUCUCAGCAUGGGGGCGAUAAAGAAGAUGGUGGAAAAGGAGGUCCCUGGCAUCUACGUUCUCUCGCUGAUGAUCGGGAAAAAUGUCAUAGAGGACACAGAAAAUGGGUUUUUCAAGGAUGUGAAUGAGCAGGUGUCCAUGGUGUGCGAUCAGCUGGCCAAGGACCCGCAGUUGAAGGGCGGAUACAACGCUAUGGGAUUCUCCCAGGGGGCUCAGUUUCUGAGAGCUGUGGCUCAGCGCUGCCCCUCGCCACCAAUAAAGACCUUGAUCUCUGUUGGAGGCCAGCACCAAGGAGUGUACGGGCUGCCUCGCUGUCCCGGAGAGAGCUCUCACAUCUGUGACAUAAUACGUAAAGCUCUGAACAGUGGCGCCUACAGUGACCUGGUUCAGAAGCACCUGGUGCAGGCCCAGUAUUGGCAUGACCCCUUAAACGACGACCUGUACAAGAAGCACAGCCUGUUCCUGGCCGACAUCAAUCAGGAGAGGUCUGUAAAUGAGACGUAUAAGAAGAACCUCCAGCGUCUAGAGAAGUUUGUGAUGGUCAAGUUCCUGAAUGACACAGUAGUGGAUCCUGUUGUCAGUGAGUGGUUUGGCUUCCUGAAAACUGGUCAGGCCAAAGAGACAGAGACUCUGCAGGAAAGUGUCCUCUACAAAGAGGAUCGUCUGGGCCUCGCAGCGAUGGACAAGGCUAAAAAGCUGGUGUUUCUAACCUCUGAAGGAGACCACCUCCAGUUCACCAAAGAGUGGUUCGACACAAACCUGCUCCCCUAUUUACGCUAAACUCCCCUCCAAAUGCCGACGUGAGGUCCAGCUUGUUGUCUUGGGGCUGAAAUUCGAUUGUAGUGAAGUGGAGUCAGUAAAAUGAAGCUGAAUGACUGGAGCAGGGAUUCAGGAAGCACACAGCUCAUUUGUUUUGCACUGAUCAUUUUUUAGCAUGUUGAGCCGGUUUGAUGCCAUGGUAUUUUUAGUUCGUCUGCUGCAGCACUGUUAGCGUGAGGCUGCUUUGUUUGUUCAGCGCCAGCUGCAAAUUAACCUGCAACAUUUAACAGCUGAAACUCAAGUGUGCGUGUUACAUGAUUCAUCCAAUAAAGAUAAGAAACAUUACGCUCA